UCUCAGUGCCUGAGCUCCACCUGGGGCAAGAGGAACAAGCCCAGCAAUGAGCACCUGGCACACACCGUCCGGGCCACCAUCGACCACUUCAGAAGGGUGGCCAGCCUUGUCAUCACCACCUGCCUCGGGGACCCGAGCAUGAUGGCCCAGGACAGGGUGAGGGUGGUGGAGCGCUGGAUCCAGGUGGCCCAGGAGUGCAAGAUCCUGAAGAACUUCUCCUCGCCCUGCACUGUCAUCUCUGUUCUGCAGAAAACAUCCAUAUGCCACCUGAAGAACACAUGGGGGAAGUUUCCUGGUGGGGAGAGCUCUGAAAAACUUAAGGAGCACUAUAGCCAAGACGAGUCCUUGAGCAGAGAACUGAUGACCAAGGGAAAUGGAAGGAUGGUGAUCGUGUGGUGCAGGCCUCACAUGGGGGUGAUGAGGAGGGGCCUUCCACGUUUGCCCCUCGGAAAUCAGCCCCCAUAG